AUGAAGGACUCUGAUGCGCCAGCCCUGGCUCUGGCCGGGACAACUACCCCCGAGCAAAUCACCGCCAACAAAAACACAUGGAACACCAAGAACUUGACAUCACGACUCGGCGCCGAUUUCCUAUCCGCUGCGAGCGCAGCCUCCAUGGUAGCGCCUCUCAUUGCAAUCAUCGACCGCUCCAUCAUGGAAAACGCUUCAGGCGCAAACACCCUCGCCAACUCGGUCAAAUCCUCGCUUCGAACCCUCUUCACCCGCCCUCACACCAUCCUCUUCUCAAAACCUACCGCGCUCAUCUUCUGCCUCUACGGCGGAACGUAUCUCACCGCCAACGCCGUCGAUACAUCGUUUUCCACCGCAAAUAACAAGCCCGCCUCGAGCGUCACCGCCGGAACGACCAAAUUCGCAGCUUCCAGCGCCGCCAACAUUGGUGUUUGCAUUUACAAAGAUCAAGUCUUUGUGCGCAUGUUCGGUCCUCCUGGUGUUGUUCCCAGACCUGUACCUCUUGCCUCAUACGGUCUUUUCGCGCUGCGCGAUUGUAUGACCAUCUUUGCUUCAUUCAACGUUCCUCCUCUACUAGGUCCUUACCUGGACUCAAAGUUCUCAGAGGAGAUCAAGAAGAAGGUAUCAGGACUCUACGCAGCGCAAUUCAUGGCACCUGCUAUGGUGCAGUUCAUUUCCACACCGAUGCACUUAUUCGGUCUCGAUCUCUACAACCGUCAAGCGACUGGACCCGGCGGCGCAGUAGUAUCUCUACGCGACAGACUAGAUCUAGUGCGCCGCAACUGGUUCAUCAGCUCCGUUGCGCGAAUCUGCAGAAUUGUUCCUGCGUUUGGAGUGGGCGGUGUCGUCAACAUGAAAGUGCGCAAGAACCUCAUGACCAAGCUGGAAUAG